UCUGAAGCAAUACGCUCCUCACACCGCGUUCAAAAGAGGAUGUGGGUGUGUGGCACACGAUCCUCGCAGAUUGUACACGAAUUGAAACCAUAACAACCACAAGUUAUUAAUGGAAAUACAAAGCCAACCUCAGAAUCCUGACUGCUACUGAAACAAAUGUAAUCAUGGACUGUGAGAGACCAUUGCUGGAAACGGGGAAUCUCAAGGAAGAACCGGUUUCUGACACGGGUGAAAACAUUGACUCCCAGGGAGCAUUGCUGGAAACGGGGAAUCUCAAGGAAGAACCGGUUUCUGACACGGGUGAAAACAUUGACUCCCAGGGAGCAUUGCUGGAAACGGGGAAUCUCAAGGAAGAACCUGUUUCUGACACGGGUGAAAACAUUGACUCCCAGGGAGCAUUGCUGGAAACAGGGGAUCUCAAGGAAGAACCUGUUUCUGACACAGGUGAAAUCAUUGACUCCCAGAGAGCAUUGCUGGAAAAAGGGGAUCUCAAGAAACACAAAGAUUGUGAGGUUCCAGCAAAGAGGUCUCAUAAGUGUGGCGAGUGUGGGAAAACGUUUACACUACCAGGUAAUCUGCAAACUCAUUUGAGGAUUCACAGUGGAAUCAAGCCUUACAAGUGUGUUGUAUGUGGAAACUGUUUUACACAAUUAAAUAGCCUGAAUUCCCAUAUGAGGGUUCACAGUGGAAUCAAGCCUUACAAGUGUAUGGAAUGUGAAAAAAGUUUCACACAAUCAUGUAACCUGCAGUCACACAUGAGGAUUCACAGUGGACACCGGCCUUAUCAGUGUACAGACUGUGAAAAAGCAUUUACAGACUUACGUUUUCUGCAAGCCCACCUGAGGGUUCACACUGGAGUCAAGCCUUUCCAGUGUGGUGAGUGUGAGAAAAUAUUUACUCACUCAAGUAGCUUGCAGAGACACAUGAGAAGUCACAGAGAUGUGACCCGAGAAUUGAUGGAAACAGGUGCUCUCAAUAACCGCUCUGUUACUUACAAAGACAUAAACACUGACCGUGAGAGACCAUUGCUGGAAACAGGCGAUGUCACAAAGCACAAAGAUUGUGGGGGUCCAUCAAAGCAGUCUCUUCAGUGUGUGGAGUGCGGAAAAACAUUUAUUGAUUCGGGUGACAUGAAAAGGCACAUGCUUUGUCACAGCGGAAUCAAGCUUUAUGAGUGCAUUGUUUGUGAAAAAGAAUUUAAAAAAUUAGAUAACCUUCAGUCACACAUGAGUAUUCACACUGGAAUCAAGCCUUAUCAGUGCAUUGGGUGCAGGAAAACAUUCACACGAUCAGGUAGUUUGCAGAGACAUACGAGGAUUCACAGUGGAAUCAAGCCUUAUCAGUGUAAUGAAUGUGGGAAUAUUUUUACACAAUCGUGUAGCCUACGGGCCCACCUGAGGAUUCACAGUAAAGUCUUUCAGUGUGGUGAGUGUGAGAAACAAUUUUCACACUCAAGUAGCAUGCAGAGACACAUGAAGAGUCACAGGGGUGUCACCAGAGCAUUGCUGGAAACAGGUGCUCUCAAGAAACAGUCUGUUACUGACAGUCAUAAACACUGGGCAUUGCUGGAAACAGGUGCUCUCAAGAAACAGUCUGUUACUGACACAGAUGGAUACACUGACUGUGACAGGGCAUUGCUGGAUACAGGUGCUCUCAAGAAACAGGCAUUGCUGGAUACAGGAUACACCUGUUUCGAGCAAUGCCCUCUCACAGUCAGUCUGCUGCUGACACAGAUGAAAACGCUGGCUGUGACAGGUGAUCUCAAGAACCACAAAGAUUGUGGGGGUCCACCAAAGUUGUCUCAUAGUUGUAGAGAAAGUAUUUUCAUGAUUAAGUUACCUGCGGAUACAUCGAUGAUGUCUCUCAUUGAUGCUGAGCCCUCUCAGUGUGAGGAGUGUGGGAAAGCAUUUGCACAAUUUUGUUACCUACCGAUACACUUGAAGUCAGAUGAUGGAGGUGACAUGGAAAGGCAUUGUUGUGAAUGUUUGCAAGAACCUUCGACACUUGAUAAUCUGGCGAGGUGUCAGGGUAAUGACAAGCCGUACGAUCGUAGAGAGUGUGACAGAACAUUGACACAACCAGAUAACCUGCAGAAAGACCUGAUGUCUCCGAGUGGAGACAAUUCUCAUGAGUGUCGUGAGUGCGGGAAAGCAUUUACGCGAUCAAGUGACCUGCAGCGCCACCUGAGAUGUCACAGUGGCAUCAAGCCUUAUGAGUGUAGUGUGUGCGGGAAGGCAUUUACCCAAUCAAAUGACCUGCACAGGCACAUGAUGAGCCAUAGUGGUGUGAAGCCUUACAAUUGUAGUGAGUGUGAGAAAACGUUUGGACGAUCCAGUGACCUGCACAGACACAUGAGAAGUCACCGUGGACUCAAGCCUUAUGAAUGUAGUGAAUGUCAAAAAGGGUUUGGACGAUCCAAUGACCUAAAAAUACACAUGAGGAUUCACGAUGGAGUCAAACCUUACCAGUGCAUUGAGUGUGGGAGAGAUUUCAGAACCUCGGGGAGCCUGCGGUCACACCUGAACUAUCACAGUGGCGUCAAGCCCUUUCAGUGUAGCCAAUGUGAAAAAGCAUUUAGACAAUCAAGUCAGCUGCAGACACACAUGAGGCGUCACAAUGGAAUCAGGCCGUUUGAAUGUGGGGAGUGUUUGAAAACAUUUACAACAUCAAGAUGUCUGAAGACUCACAUGAAGUAUCACAGUGGAGUCAAGCCGUUUGUGUGCAGUGAGUGCGGGAAAGCAUUUGUCCGAUCAGGCCAGCUACAGAUACACAUCAGGACUCACACGGGAGUCAAGCCUUACCAGUGUGGGGUGUGUGGGAAGUCAUUUACAACAUCUGGCAAUCUGAAGGCUCACAUGAGGUGUCACACGGGAGAGAAACCUUUUCAGUGUCUUGAAUGUAAGAAAGCCUUUACAGAAUACAGCAGCCUGAGGACACACAUCAAGUGCCACAUCAGAGCCAAGAAAGAAGCAUGUCCGACAGUGCCUGAAUCUGUUGUUUGACAAAGGAACUUUUCCUCUGCUUGCAUCAGGUGAACGACAAUGCUGUGUAUGACGAAUGUGAAGGUCAUGUUUCAGUGCAUCUUAAUGUUCAAGCAGUAGGGGGGAUAUGGUGGCCCAGUCGUCUAAGGCGCCACGAUUCACUGUGCAGAGUUGCGUCCCUUGGGCCCGCCAGAAAUCUAUGAUUGUGGGUUCGAAUCCGGAUUCGCCCCGAUUAUGUUUCUAGGU